UGAGUCGCUCGAAUGAAUCAAAACAACGAGAACAACAAACACAAACAUGUCACGUGUGUAAUGAACACUUUUACAAACCAACCGCGAAUGUGGACUGUUAAAUGUGAUCUAUAAAUCAAUAAUUACCAAUAAAAACUGCUGGCGACGUGACUGAGAUCCAUGUGACACUAUUAUAAAGAUGGCGUUUAUUAAAGAGGAGAUUGAAGACAUGAAGAUUGAAGAAGGAUUCGGAGUGAAGCUUGAAGAUAGCGAUGAUGGAAUAGACCUGAUGGCAAUAAAAGAGGAGGUUCAGAAGCAGUAUAAGAAACAAGAGAAAGAUCAAUGUAAGAAUCAUGAUUUCAGUGCUGAAGAGACUUCUUCACAAAAAAACACUCGAAUUAGAAAUCGUGUCAUCUGCUCAGAGUGUGGAAACUGUUUCAGUCAUCGAAGCGGCCUUUAUGUCCACAUGAGGAUUCACACUGGAGAGAGGCCGUUCACCUGCGCUCAGUGUGGAAAACAUUUCACUCAGCAAGGAAGCUUUCAAAAACACGUGAGAGCUCACGCCGGAGAGAAGCCUUACAGCUGUGAACUGUGUGGAAAGAACUUCGCAACACAACUAAGCCUUGACCAUCACGUGAACAGCCACACUGGUGAUAGGCCGUUUUCAUGUGAUCAGUGUGGAAAGCGCUUCAGACAUAAAGUAUCUGUUAAUAUUCACAUGAAGAUUCAUUCAAGAGAGGAGAGUUUUACAUGUCAUCAGUGUAGAAUGAGUUUCACAGACCCAAAUCACCUCAGGGAUCACGUAAUAACUCACACUGGAAAGGAGCCUUACAUGUGCGAUCACUGUGGAAAGGGUUUAACAAGAAAAACCUCCCUUAAGCUUCACAUGAUGAUUCACACUGAGAGAAACCUUUUGCCUGCCUUGAGUGUGGAAAGCGUUUCGGACUGAAAGCAACCCUUAAGACUCACAUGAGCAUUCACAGUGAACAAAGGUCUUUCACCUGCCCAGUGUGUGGAAAGAGUUGCAAACUUAAAGGAAACCUUAAGCUUCACAUGAGGCUCCACGCUGGAGAGAGAAACGUCAAAUCUGUAUCCAGUGUGAAACGUGUUUCACGUAUCAAAAAGACCUGAAACAACAUUUGCAAACUCAUUCUGUAAAUGCUUUGCCAUGUGACGAGAUUUCCAAACAAAACAAAACGCUUUUGGAGGGCUGAAAUCAUUGAUUGAAAGAGUGACAUUUCUACCACUUUGUGGGUUUCCUUUGUUGUUUUGAAAUUAAAAUAUUCAAGCUGUUUUAAAUUUAGAGUGGCCUUUUAUUGUGGCCAGCCUAAAGCUUUGUUCAGACUGUCAGCCCAAAUCUGAUUUUGUGCAUAUCCGGAUGGAAUCGGAUUUGAAUAACUGACUGUCCACAUCCAAUUUGUGUGUCCAUAAGCGCUCUUUCGUUUUUACUGAAUGUGCAUUGGUUUCUAAUGCUGUUGCGUUGUUAUGACUACGUUAAAAACAGCAAUACAGAUGUUGUCUUACUGUCGCGGUUGCACUGUAGUAUUAUUUUGUCGCGUGAGGCAGCGGCAGAAAUGCAGGAAGCUUGAAUGUGUGGCUUUAUUCCGUGAUGCUGUCUCCGCUACUUUUCAAAGGUGUUACAGCUUUUAUAAUCUGUACUUUAUGCUGUUAUGCAUAUUGGGGAGAUGUUUACAUGGGCAUAUCUGAUAGUGAACUCAGAAUAUUGUUUUAAGAAAUGACAUA